AUGAAGGCUGGUCAUUCUAACUAUUCGCAUUCAAUGCAGCACGAGAUGAAAAAUCCACAUCGCACAUCGGAUGCUGGGUAUCUUCCGGUCGAAAUAACCCAGGAAGAACGCCUAUUCGAAUUCUACGAGCGGCAUCGUCAAUCGCAGCUUGAGUUUUGCUCUGCAUUUCAUGCAGCCCUGCCUCGUGAGCUGAGAGAUAUGGUUUAUGACCAGAUCGUUACCCCACACAAGCAACAUUACGUUCUGAAAGCGCAUGAAACCUUCAACGAUGAGACUGGAAAACUAGAACACCCUUUCUUCGAUGCUGAAAUAUCCAUGCCAGAAGAUCCUGGUAUGCGUAGCGACGUGUGGAAGUUCGUCGAGUACACGGGCGAAGCAGUGGGCAAAGAGAUAGCCGAGCACUGGUAUCGUACCGGUCGCUUCAAUUUUGAUCCCGAGGAUUGUCUGUUGAAGAGAUUUCUUACGACAGAUGUCUGGCACCGAGGGAUCGUCCCUGCAGACGUUGUUCAUUGGCUCCUCAUGAGUUUCAACCCUAUACCGUACAUUGUCCCUACUGAUUCCAUGGAGGCCGACCUGGAAAGCUUGUUCACGAUAUCAAACAAGAAUAGUGUCCUCGUUUUCAAAAUCGACAAGCAAAGAUAUCACGCUGCGUCGGGGAGUCGCGGCAUGUUAUCCAUGUUAGCGUUAAUCGCACCAUACGUUUAUCGUCUGCGCACUGAGGGCUUUAGCAGAGUGGCAGCGUAUCAAGACUUGAUCGAUCUGGAUAGCAAACCGUUCCCGUGGAAGUUCUGUCCAUGGGAUAUCACGUAUCUCUUUGAGAUGGAGCAGGAGGAAUUCGAAACAGUGUUUCGCAAGGAGUUUGGACGCGAUGAUGAACGAGAUAAAAGGAUCGCCGAAGUGAUCUCUAGACGUCCUGGUGUUGAAUAA